AUGGCUCUGAGGGAGCUCAAAGUUUGCCUGCUCGGGGACACUGGUGUCGGCAAAUCAAGCAUUGUAUGGCGCUUUGUAGAAGACAGUUUUGAUCCCAACAUCAAUCCAACAAUUGGGGCAUCUUUUAUGACCAAGACAGUGCAGUAUCAGAACGAAUUGCAUAAAUUCCUAAUAUGGGAUACAGCAGGACAAGAACGAUUCCGUGCUCUAGCACCAAUGUACUACAGAGGGUCUGCAGCAGCUAUUAUAGUUUACGACAUCACAAAAGAGGAGACGUUUUCUACAUUGAAGAACUGGGUGAAAGAACUUCGGCAGCAUGGACCUCCCAAUAUCGUUGUAGCUAUUGCUGGAAAUAAGUGUGAUCUUAAUGAUGCCAGAGAAGUCAUGGAAAAAGAUGCUAAAGACUAUGCAGAUUCCAUCCAGGCGAUAUUUGUCGAGACCAGUGCAAAAAAUGCAAUAAACAUAAACGAACUCUUUAUAGAAAUUAGUCGCAGAAUCCCGUCAACAGACACCAACCCCCAAACUAGCGGUAAGGGCUUCAAACUUAGAAGACAGCCUUCAACGACAAAACGAAACUGCUGUUGACUGAGAAUGUAGUACAUCAGACUAGCUUUUAUAACA